AUGAAUAGAGAAGAAACCUCAAAUUCCAUCCCUAAUGACCUCAUUCUUGCAAUACUCUCUAGAUUGCCUUCAAAGUCAAUUGGGAGAUUUCGCUGCGUGUCGAAGCUAUGGCGGUCAAUGCUUCACAAGCCAUAUUUCACCAAGUUAUUCUUGACCAGGUCCUCGACUCGUCCACGUCUCCUAGUUGGGCUCCGCCAAGAUCAUGAGUGGAGCUUCUUCUCGGUGCCUCAGCCUCAGAAUCAUUAUGGGAAGUCAUCUCUUGUAGUAGCCGCUGAUUUUCAUAUGAAGUACAAUAGGGUUGACAAUAAGAUGGCCCGCUAUAUUCUGACAUUAGGAAGUGAAAACGAGAGAUGGAGGAAGAUUGAAUGUCCCUUAAACGAGGAUGAUAAUGGAGGAAGAUCCAACGACGUAUUCAUCAAUGGAAUUUUGUAUUACAUAGCUUACGACCCUGAGGAUCGAUUACAUCUUAUAGGUUGUUUCGAUGUUAGGUCUGAGAAGUUCAAGUUUCUAACUCUAAGAGGCGGCGAAUAUGAUUUGUGUACUAGAAUGAUAAAUUAUAAGGGUAAAUUAGCUGUGGUUAAGUGGGAGUAUGAUGACCAUGAUGUAUUUCCCCUUCAAUUAUUUAUGUGGGUUCUAGAGGAUGUCGAGAAGCAGGAAUGGUCGAAAUACGCCUACACUUUGAGGGCAGACAAUAAAGUUGUUCAGGUUGACUACGAUCUUUCUGUUGUUGGGGCGACUGCUUCAGGUAACAUUGUUUUGGUCAAGGAAACUGCAUAUAAACCUUUUUAUGUUUUCUACUUUAAUCCCGAAAGGAACCAUCUUCUAAGUGUUGAAAUCAAAGGUGUUGGAAAAGACCAUGAUUGUUUUAAGAAUCAAGCAGUUUGCGCCUUUGUAGACCAUGUGGAGGAUCUUGAGUUUAAUUUUAGGAGCACAACAUUUAUAAACCCACCAGAACAGAAGCAUAGACACAUGUCAUCUAGAAAUCAUCAUCAUGUGAGAAGAAGCCGCGAAGAGAUGGGAGGUAGAGAGAUGGAAUGUGGAGAGGCGAAGAGAAGGAGAGAUCAUUGGAGUGGUAAAGAGUAUAAGAGGAGUGGAAGAGACAAUGAGAGAAGAAGGCACGAAGAGAUGAGAGGUCAUUGGAGUGGUAAAGAGUAUAAGUGGAGAGAAAGAGAAAGAGACAAUGAGAGAAGAAGCCGCGAAGAGAUGAGAGAUCAUUGGAGUGGUAAAGAGUAUCACUGGAGAGAAAGAGAAAGAGACAAUGAGAGAAGAAGCCGCGAUGAGAUGAGAGAUCAUUGGAGUAGUAAAGAGUAUAAGUGGAGAGGAAGAGACAGUGAGAUAAGAAGCCGCGAAGAGAUGAGAGAUCAUUGGAGUGGUAAAGAUUAUAACUGGAGAGGACGAGAAAGAGACCAUGAGAGAAGAAGCCGCGAAGAGAAGAGAGAAGGAGACAAUGAGAGAAGAAGCCGCGAAGAGAAGAGAGUUGGCAUGUGGAGAGGCGGAGAGAAAGAUAUAUAA